AUGGCAAAUAGAAGAGUUGCUACCUUGAAAUGGAAAGAAUCUGUGGGGCCAAGAAUUGAGAAAAUUAUUGAAAAAUUGAAGUAUGAAAGUGGGCAUUGCAUUGCAUAUCUAGCUGGAGAUAUGAAAUAUCAAGUCUCACACCUUUCUGGAAGAGAGUUCGCAGUUGACUUGGCUGCUAGAACUUGUUCUUGCAGGAGAUGGGAUCUUUGUGGAAUCCCAUGUCCUAAUGCUAUUGCCUGUAUUUUGAGGAAGGGACAAGAUGUUGCCUUGUAUGUUGAUGACUGUUACAAGAAAGCAACAUACCUAAAGGCUUAUGCACCAGUUAUUUCACCAUUGCCUGGCCAAGAUCAAUGGGACAAGCCUAGUAAUGAGACCACCAAAAUUGAUCCUCCCAUUUACAAGAAGCAAACUGGAAGACCAAAGAAAAAUAGGGCUAAAGAUCCUAGUGAAGAGCCCCUAGUUACAAGUCAUGAAGGGAAGAAGUUGAAAAGAUGGAUUUAUACCAAGCCAUAUGCAUGUAGGUCAUGUGGGCAAGAAGGCCAUACUUCCAAGACAUGUGGAAAGCAACAAAAUCAAGCAUCUACUAGUCAAUCCACUCAAGGAGUAACUCAAUCUACUAACAAUAAGCCUACAUCAACUCAAACAAGAAAGGUGGGAAGGGGCAGUGGAAUGGUUAGAGGAAGAGCCAUGGGAAGAGGUACAUGCAGAGAAAGAGGCAUGAUUUCAAGCUCACAACCCACCAUUCCACCAAUUCAACAAGUUCAGUCAACCCAAGGAUUUGGUGCAAAGAGAGGAAAGCCAUGGAAGCCUUGAAGGAUUUGGUGAAAAAUUGGCAGCUUAGUUGUGUUUUUAAAGUCUUCGAAAACUAUCUAAAUAUGUAAGGUUUUUUGUUUUUGCAUUCGAAAACAUGAGAUGUUGUUGUUGUUUAAUGUUUUUGGAAUUGAAUGGGUAUGUUGUUAUGAACAAUGGUUAUUUCUUUUAGAACGAUAUGCUAUUGACAGUGAA